CGUGGCUCCGUGGCUACAUAGUUAGCAGUUUGUGUGUGGCUAACGUUGUACAGGUGAGGGGAAAUAAAUACAUAAAAUCAGCGUUCAUUUGUUGGUCGAGACGAUGUUUGACCAAACGCUGGAGUAUUUCCUCAAAGCGGGUGACAUAAAGAGGAAGGACGCCGUGGAGGUGAGGUGGGCCCACGCCGUUAAUACCAGGAGCAGACUGAAGGAGGCGCUCUCAGGUCCCACUCAUAUGCUUGAAGCUGACGUCAUCCUAAAUGGUGUUUUCCCCAGAGAACCAAUCAUGGCUCAUCCUCCUGCGACAGACAGUGACAUCACACUGAGGGAGUGGCUGCAAGCAGUGAAGGUGCACAACAAGGGGAUUAAAUUAGACUUCAAGAGUCUUGAAGCAGUGGCUCUGUCUGUGGCGCUGCUGCAGGAGGUGCUGAGUGAGCUGAACUUUCCCAUAUGGGUCAAUGCGGAUGUCCUGCAGGGUCCUGGAGGAACAGCCUGUCCUCUGGACCCUCGAGCUUUCCUGGUUGCUGUUGAGCGUCUGCCUCCUCAUGCUGUGCUGUCUCUUGGUUGGACUGCAUUGUGGACUGCUGGUACAGAUAAUCCAGGUUACAGCUGGGUUAUGGUGAAACAGAUGCAAGAAUUAUGUCGGGAAGUUAAACAUCCGGUCACCUUCCCUGUCUGUGCAGCCCUGAUGGCCCGUUCAUUCUCCCAGCUGAAGUGGCUGCUGCAGCAGUCAGACAGAUACACUCUGACCGUGUGGACGGGUCGCAGUGACGAGCUCCGCCUGCAGGACUUGGUGUCCUACAGGAAAGAGUUUGACGUCAGUCGGAUCUACUAUGACCUGCCGGAACAUCAAAGGAUGGAACUUUCUGUGAUGUCACAAAACUAAAACUGAAAGACAAGAUUUCUUUCAGAAUGUUGUACCU